AUGGCAACCGAUAUCAGCCACACGCCGCCCGAGCUUGGCGACGAGGAGAAAUCCCCGAAUACCACGUACGAAAAGUCGGGGCUCAAGACGGCGCACAACCUCCACGGCCAAGAUGUCGAGCUCGAGAACGGACACCUCGCCGAGCUCGAGGUGGACAUGAGCCGGGUCCUGUCCAAGGUCGAGGACGAAGGCGACUAUGAAGCCGAUACUUCCCCGUUCCCGCAGGUGAGGGCCGUGGUCCCGGAGACGGACGACACGGCAAUUCCUGUCAAUACGUUCCGGGCUUGGCUACUUGGCAUUAUCUUUGUCUUUCUUGGCGCCGGAGUGAACCAAUUCUUCUCCCUUCGCUACCCCGGAGUCCGCAUCGUGUCCCUGGUCGCAGAGCUUCUCGCCUUUCCUCUCGGAGUCGGCCUCGCAAACACCCUGCCCAUUGGCCGCUUCAACCCGGACCGCCACUUCAACAUCAAGGAACAUGCCCUCGUCACCAUCAUGAUCUGGCCCGGCGUGCUGAGCAACGUGGCGCUGCUGUCGUCGCUGCACUCGCGCGCCAACGCCAUUGCCGACGGCUGGCGCAUCACGCGCAUCAAGUUCUUCAUGGUCGUGUGCGCCGCCGCCUUUGUGUGGUACUGGUUCCCCGGUCUGAUCUGGACCGGCCUCAGCUACUUUACCUGGAUCUGCUGGAUCGCCCCCAACAACCUGGCCGUCAACCAGGUCUUUGGCAUGGUUACGGGUAUGGGCCUGUUCCCAUUGACGUUUGACUGGUCCAUGAUUGCCUACAACACGAACCCGCUCCUCAGUCCGCACUGGGCUGCGCUCAACGUCUUUUUCGGAUUCGCCUUCUUCUUCUGGAUUGUGACGCCUGCUCUAUACUACACCAACACUUGGUUUACCGCCUACAUGCCAUUCUGCACAGCAGAUGUCUAUGACCGAUUCGGCGACGUGUACGACGUUUCCCAGGUUUUGACAAACAAUGAAUUUGAUCAGACAAAGUACUCGGCGUACUCGCCUCCCUACCUCCCGGCUACAUUUGCAUUUGUCUAUGGACUAUCCUUUGCCUCCAUCACUAGUGUCUUGUCCCAUGUGUACUUUUUCCACUGGGACGAAAUCAAGCACGCCCUCCGCGGAACCCUGAAACUGGAUAUUCACGCUCGUCUCAUGCGAUCGUACACUGCGGUAAAGUGGUGGUGGUGGGCCGCCAUUCUACUUGUCGUCUUGGGCAUGAGUAUCGGUACCGCCGUGGGUUAUGACACCGGUCUUCCCUGGUGGGGAGUCAUCCUGGCCUAUAUCAUUCCUGCCGUCUACAUGAUUCCCUGCGGUAUGAUCCAGGGUGUAACCAAUGUCGACGCCAACCAGCUCAACGUCCUUUCCGAGUUCAUCGGAGGUUACAUGUUCCAGGGCAAGCCGAUUGCCAACAUAUUGUUCAAGAUCCUGUCCACGGAUGUGGUCGGCCAGGGACUGUACUUUGCCGCCGAUUUGAAGCUGGGCCAUUACCUCAAGAUUGCCCCGCGAACCCUCUUCUUUGCCCAGGGUGUCGCCACCAUCCUCGGCGCCCUGACCCAGACGGGCGUGACCCUGUGGAUGCUGGGCAAUGUCGACGAUAUUUGCUCCGAGGACCAGCAAAACGGCUUCUCGUGCCCCAACGGACGUACCGUCUUUUCAUCGUCGGUCAUUUGGGGUCUGGUCGGUCCCGCGCGCCUGUACUCUGUCGGCGCCAUCUACUCGGGCCUGCUACACUUUUUCUGGAUCGGUCUCAUCCUGCCGCCCAUGACCUAUUUCAUCUGGAAAAAGACCCGGUCCGACUUUGUCCGCAAGAUCAACUGGCCCCUCAUCUUUGUGGGCACGUACAAUGUCCCGCCCGCGACUGGCAUCAACUACUCGUCGUGGUACAUUGUCAACCUAGUGUUCAACAAGAUCAUCUACCGCCGCUUCUACGCCUGGUGGACAAAGUACAACUAUGUGCUCGCCGCUGCCCUGGAUACCGGAUUGGCCAUUAGCGGUAUUGUGAUUUUCUUUGCCGUCACCUACGGCCCGAAUGCGCAGUUCCCGGAUUGGUGGGGAAAUACCGUCUGGCAAAACACGGCCGAUGGUUUGGGCCUGCCAUGGUUGCAGAUGCCCGAUGUUGGAUAUUUCGGAGGUGCUAAUGGAACUUGGUCGUGA